AUGGCUCCCAAGAACGCAUCCAAAAAACAUCAAGAGGAGCGGGCUGCCGAGACAGAACCCCUUCUUUCCGGUGAUUCCAAUGCCGUCGACGCUUCAUACGGCUCGCAACCGGUGACAAACGAUGCCGCCAGUGAUGCUCCCUCGUCGCAAGCGCCUCUCAAGCCACAGAAGAGCAAACGACGAUGGCCAUCCCUCGUUGCGAUGAUGCUCCUUGGAACCGUCGUCAUCGCCGUCAUCGUCCUUGGAUUCCUCGUUCCGCCGGCCGUACAGACAUACAUUGAAAAGGCCGUCGUUCUUGAACCCACUGGGCUCUCCCUCGACUCCAUUAGUUUUACCGGCAUCCGUGCCCGUGUGCAAGGCAACUUCCGCAUGGAUGCCGCCCGUGUCGAGGAUCCUAUGGCCCGCAGAAUCGGUCGCAUUGCCAUGAGUAUUAUGAGAACCGUGGACGCCGAGCAGACGCACAUCAAGCUCUACGUACCCGGCUAUGGCGAUGCCAUGGUCGGCUCCGCUGUGGUCCCGUCCCUGAGCCUCAACCUCGUCGACGGCAAAAAUACGUUCAUCGACAUCGUCACCGAUAUGAAGCUUGGAGAUAACGGCAGCAUCAAGAAGAUUGUCAACGACUGGCUCACUGGCAAGAUUAGCGAGCUAGAGGUCAAGACCGCAACCGCCUUGCAGCUCAAGUCGGGAUUUAUCCCUCUUGGGACUCAUGAUGUCAUCGAGUCCAUGGUUUUAGAAGGUCAAUCUCUCUACAGCACAUUUUCCUCCCUGUACUUUGGCGAAAAGUCCAUUACCAAAGAUGCUCCUUCGAUCCCCAAAUACAGCAUUCAGCACCUCAACUUUCACCAAGUCCCUCUAGGCCAUGGGGAUAGUCAAGGCAUUGGCGCGAAUGUCUCAGUCUCAGUGCAAAACGAGUACCCCAUCUCGUUGACUGUACCCCGCGUCGGCUUCGAGGUUCUCAUCUCGGGAUGUACACCCGACGAUGCUAAAAUCGCGGUCGGCACUGGCAGGUCUAGCGUCAUCGACGUGAAGCCAAAAACUGAUAUCAUUGCCGAGGCUUCUGGUUUGAUCCGCAAGUUGCCGCAGAAACUGACGCAGGCAUGUCCCGUUUCUGAACUGUCUCCACUCGAUGAAUUCCUCAAGCACUACCUCGGCGGCGAAGAGGCCCAGAUCUUUGUGCGCGGCAAGCAGCCCAGCGAUUCCGAGCUUCCUGAGUGGCUAGGCGAUUUACUGGCCAGCGUCACGGUCCCCAUCGACUUUCCAGGAGGUUCAUUUGACGACUUGCUCCGCAACUUUUCUUUAACUGACGUCGACUUUUCGCUUCCGAGCCCGUUCGAGCCAGAGGGCAAGCCUCGCGUAACCGGCACAGUUGUCGCCAUUGCAGCUUUGCCAGAGGGCGUCGACGUGGAUUUGAAGGUAGAAGGCCUCAAAACACAAGGCAACCUCUUUUACAAGGAUAAGAAAUUUGGCGAACUCAACCUGCGAGAGUGGCAAAAGGCAUCCUCUCGCAAGCUCGAUUCCGAUGCCAAGGAGAUACUCGUCGAGAUAACAUCUCGCGUCGACAACGCGCCGAUCGAUAUUACCGACAACGAUGUAUUUUCCUCACUCGCUAGUGAUUACCUCUUUGGCUCCAAAGGCGUCAUUGUCCACGCCCGUGCCAAACUGGAUGUCAAGGUCGACACCGUUCUCGGCCCCCUCGUCAUCAAAGAAGUCCCUGCGGAGGGCCGAAUUCCCGUCAAUGGGCUGCCGGGGGACUUCAUCAGCAAUGUCAAGCCACAAGUCGGGAACAUUUGGGUCCGCAACACGACGUCGACUGCGGUUAGACUGGAAUGCGCUGUAAACUUUACGAACCCGACGCCCUACAAAGCAUCGGUUCCUUUUAUCAAUCUACAUUUCUUCUCUGGUGAUGACAUCUUGGGGGACGUCACGGUGCAAGAUCUACUGGUGGGCCAAGGAAACGUCACCAAUGUCACUGUCAGCGCUUCGUGGGACCCGGCAGGCCUUGGCGGGGAAAGGAGCCGCUUGGCUGGGCGCAAGCUUAUCUCAGACUACCUUUCUGGGAAGAAUACCACCAUCACGAUACGGUCUCAUCGCGGCAGCGUGCCCAGCCUGCCAGAGCUUGGCGAAGCUCUGUCCAGAAUCCACGUGUCGAUUCCCACUCCCCGUCUCGAGCUCCCCGGCGACGGCCACGCACCUACCAACACUUCCAUGCCUGGCUUUCUCCGUGAGGCCUUCUUCCAUCUGCUGACGUCGUCGGCGACCUUUGUGCUGGUCUCGCCACUGCGCCACAACACGGUCCACAUCGAGUCCAUCCGUGCCACGGCCUUUUACAACCACACGGAACCUGUCGCGCACAUCGAGCACACCCAGCCGUUUGACGUGCCGCCGGGUCUGUCCGAGACGCCCCGGCUCGCCGUGCAGUGGUCAAGCGACAGCGUGGGCUACGACCGGCUGCGCGAGGCCCUCGGCGGCGAGAUGCGCCUGGAUGCGCACGCACAGGUGACGGUUCGGCUAGGGAGGUGGAUCGAGACGUUGCAGUAUGAAGGACGUGGCAUCGGUGCCAAGGUGCGCCUUUGA